UAUAUUUCAAAAUUAUUGCUUAAUUAAAUAUCGAUUAGCAGUAAUGUCUCUCUUUGCCUCUUAUCCAAUUAAGGUCCAAAGUGACAUUAACGUAACUUUAAAAUCUUAUAAACAAUAAAUCUUCUUUUACUCCCAUUUUGUGUGUCAGAGAGAAAGAAAGAUUUGUAGUUGAAGCAGCAGUUGCUGUUUGCUCUCUCCAUCUCAGCUUUGCUUACUAAACAAACAAUAUACCAGAGGGAAGUUAGGCCAACGGUUAGCUAGCUUCUCUCCGAACUUGCGUUUUCCCUUGGAAUCAAAGCAAAGCUCUUCUGGCUUUUGCAGUUGAGUUCUUGGUCACCAUCUGAAACCCAAACUUCACCUGCCUGUCAUAUUCUUCCAACCCCCAGUCUGCUUCUCUUUCUUUAUUUCACAAUCUUUCUACUUACACCUCUUCUCUGCUUCUGCUGCUUAUUCAGGUUCUUGCUUAAAUACCCACUUGAGUUUUUCAUGUUUUGUGUGUGCUUUGGGGAGCUUUGAUUCCAGUUCCUUGUCGAGUCAAAGCUUUUUAGUGUAAAGGCAUCUUUUGUUGUAUUCAGGCUUAUUUACUUAUACACUUUUUCAGUUCUUCAAUUCUUUGAAUCUUGAUUUUGUGGGUUUUUGCAGCUGGUGCAGAUUAAGUGGUGUUCUUCAAUUGAAGAACUGCCUUUGAUUUACGCUUGAAGGUUGAAAUUUUCAUUGGAUAGCACUUUGGUGUUCAAGUAUUUGGUCCCACCACUCAGCCCUGUUGGUAUUUGCAUUUUUGCCUCACUGAAUUCUCAUGAUCAGCUAAAGCUUUCAACUAUAAUCUAUUUUCAAUCCGUUCUUUGAUUCCCAAUACAAUAAUCGUGAGUUACCAACUAGUCACACAGAAUUCAUGCUGGUAUUCCGUUUCCUGUUAAUUCCGUCUAACACUCGUAUAAGAUCAUGCUGUAGCUUAAUAGCCAAAACUUGUACGUCUUCAUCAAACCAGUUUUCUUUCCAUAUUUGAGCAGUUUAACGCUCAAAUCCUAAAAUUUUUACCUUCAAUACUCUCAAAUGAAUACCCGCUAUUUCUCUCCACCAGACUCGUUGUGUAAUUCGGGUACCGCAGUUUCAUUUUCAGCAAAUUCUGCAGUAGGGGAGGAUCAUGAGCCUGUGAUCACCAGAAACAGACCGUCUCGUACUCCCUCUUCUACUUUCUUGAUAAGAAUGGCAAUGAGGAUUUCAAGAGCAAGGUGGUUCACCUUCUUGAGAAGAGUAUUUCACUACCAGAAUGGUUCAAGAUCCAAUCUUGGGUCUAAUCCUUUCAAUUCUAGCACUUGGAUGAUGCUGGAAUUUAUAGCGUUGAUUGUUCAAAUAAGUAUGACCACAUUCACUUUGGCAAUUUCCAAGGGUGAGAAACCUGUUUGGCCUAUGAGAAUAUGGAUUGUUGGUUAUGAUAUUGGCUGUCUCCUUAGCCUGCUGCUACUUUAUGGGCGCUACCGCCAAGUUCAUGUGACUCAAGGAGAAAGUUUUGGCCUUUCUGAUUUAGAGGAGCAGAGGGGCGGUGACGACUCCAGGUGCUCACAUCUGAUGAACAAAUGUCGGACAUCUCUGGAGCUAUUUUUCGCAAUAUGGUUUGUAAUGGGUAACGUUUGGGUCUUUGAUUCCCGCUUUGGAUCUUUCCACCGGGCUCCAAAACUCCAUGUUCUCUGCAUCUCUCUGCUUGCUUGGAAUGCUCUGAGCUACUCAUUUCCAUUCCUACUGUUUCUGCUGCUAUGCUGUUGUGUGCCACUCAUUAGCAGUGUCCUUGGAUACAACAUGCAUAUGGGGUCUGCUGAAAGAGGGGCAUCCGAUGAUCAAAUCUCUAGCCUACCAAGCUGGAAAUAUAAAGCAGUCGACACCAAUUUGGAGACUGGCAAUGGUGUUGAUUGCAACUCAACCCUUGCAAGUGAAGAUCCUGAAUGCUGUAUUUGCCUAGCCAAGUACAAGGACAAGGAAGAAGUAAGGCAGUUGCCAUGUUCACAUAUGUUUCACCUCAAGUGUGUAGAUCAUUGGCUCAGAAUUAUAUCUUGUUGCCCACUUUGCAAACAAGAACUGGAGAGAUAAACAUCAAGCUGAAAAUGGAAAGCUGAAGCUUUUAUUAGGAUCUUUCCCCCCCCCCCCCCCCCUUAUUCUGCUUUUAUUGCUCUGUGUGAUUCUCAUGUAUUUACAUGAUUCCCUAUUUCUCUUCUUUGAGUUGUGUAUUUAUAAGGUUACUUGAGCGAGUGCUUUGCUUGUACAGUGGAGCUCACCAGUAACCAUAACACCAUAUCUGUGAUGGUGUAUAUGUGAGGAAAAUGAUGGGGUGGGGUGGGGGGGGGGAACUGCUUGCUUCCUAAAGGUAGCAGCCAGUCCAUCUGUCCUCAAGAUUACCCCAUAUCCUGAAUAUGAUUUUUUACACUGUAAUACAUAUUUUCAAUACAUGUACAUCAAAUUUUUACAUAAAACAAUUGCAAUACAGAUUCAUUGCAGGCUAUGUGGUCAUUC